UUCUAAUAUACAUAUUUUGUCUUUCUUGUGCAGCAGGUGGAAGACCAGAACAGGACUCUCCUUCAUCGGGACCAUUCGUAAAUCAGAAAUCAGUGGAUGCAUUAGUGGGGCAGGGCUCAUCAGCUCCAUUCGUAAAUGAACGUGCAGCAGGUAAAAGACCAGAACAGGUCCGUCGUUCAACGAGGCCAUCCGGAAAAUGGAACUCGGCAUUAGCGGGGCAGAGCUCAUCAACUCCAUCCUUAAAAAGACAUGCAGCUAGUGAAAGAACACAUGAACAGCUCUGUCCUUUAUCAGGACCAUCCAGAAAACUGAACUCAGUGUCUGCAUCAGUGAGGCAGAGCACAUCAGCUCAAUUCUUAAAAGUAGGUGGAAGACCAGAACAAGUCCGUUGUUCAAUGAGAUCAUCCAGAAAUCGGAACUCGGCAUUAGUGGGGCAGAGCUCAACAACUCCAUCCUUAAAAAAACGUGCAGGUCGCAAGGCAUUUGAAAAAUGUCAGUGAGAUGUACUUCAGUGGAAGAUCACUUUCAAUCCAUUCUCAUUGUUUCUACAUUUGGACCUGCUAAAAAU